GGCAACGGCCCUGCGCUCUCCCGGGCAGGCGACGCGGAGGGGUCCGCUCUGCACCGCCGCCGCACCGCGGCCGCGUGACGGCACUGCAAAGAGCGGCUGCGAGCAGGCGCCGGCGCACUGGCCCAAGCGCCGAGCGAGCGAGGGAGAGGCACAGUCAGAGGGAACGCCCGCGCGGGGAGCCAAGGGCGCCCGACCCCGCCCCCGACGCGCCCUGUGGGGACCCCGACCAGGAGGGACCCUGUCUCGGGAAAAGGCUGUGGAGACCUGGGCUCCUACCCCAAUUCAUCCCCCCACACCCCCGCCGCCCCGUGCCACCCUGGUCCGCGCUGGGAACCCUAUCCUGCCCGUCGUGUCAGCCCGGCACUGGCCAGAAUUGCAGGCAUGGCGGUGACGAUGCUGCAGGACUGGUGCAGGUGGAUGGGGGUCAACGCUCGUAGGGCCCUGCUCAUCCUGGGCAUCCCGGAGGACUGUGAUGAUGCCGAAUUCCAAGAGUCCCUCGAGGCUGCCCUGUGGCCUAUGGGACACUUUACACUGCUAGGCAUGUUUCGAGAGGAGGAUCAUGCCACCGCGGCCCUGGUCGAGCUCGACCGGGAAGUCAACUAUGCUUUGGUCCCCAGGGAAAUCCCCGGCACUGGGGGCCCGUGGAACGUGGUCUUUGUGCCCCGUUGCUCAGGCGAGGAGUUUCUCGGUCUCGGUGGUGUGUUCCACUUCCCGGAGCAAGAGGGGCAGAUGGUGGAGAGCGUGGCCGGCGCCCUGGGCGUGGGGCUGCGCCGGGUGUGCUGGCUCCGAUCCAUCGGUCAGGCGGUCCAGCCCUGGGUGGAGACCGUGAAAUACCAGAGCCUGGGCGUGUUUUCCGGGAGGGACCAGCCAGCCCCAGGGGAGGAGUCCUUUGAGGUCUGGCUAGACCACACCACCGACAUGCUGCAUGUGUGGCAGGGGGUCUCGGAAAGGGAGAGGAGGAGGAGGCUGCUGGAAGCCUUGCGUGGGACCGCCCUGCAGCUCGUGCACGCGCUCCUGGCGGAGAACUCCGCCAGGACGGCACAGGACUGUCUGGCCAUGGUCCAGGUGUUUGGAGACAACGAGUCCCAGGCGACCAUCCGGGUGAAGUGUCUGACCGCUCAGCAGCAGUCAGGUGAGCGUCUCUCAGCUUUCGUGUUGCGGCUGAAAGUGCUGCUGCAGAAGGCCAUGGAGAAGGAGGCCCUAGCCAGAGCAUCCGCCGACCGCGUGCGCCUGAGGCAGAUGCUCACCAGGGCCCACCUUACUGAGCCUUUGGAUGAAGCACUGAGGAAGCUGAGAAUGGCCGGGAGGUCUCCAAGUUUCCUGGAGAUGCUGGGGCUCGUUCGGGAGUCUGAGGCAUGGGAGGCCAGUCUAGCCAGGAGCGUGAGAGCCCAGACAGAGGAAGGGACCGGUGCCCGGGCUGGUGCCCAGGUUGUUGCCAGAGCCAGCACUAAAGUAGAGGCGGUCCCAGGAGGUCCUGGCCGGGAGCCGGAGGGCCUCCUCCAGGCAGGAGGCCAGAAGGCUGAGGGGCUCCUCCAGGAAGGGCUCAAGCCGGUCCUGGAGGAAUGUGAUAACUAGGUUGGGGCUGGGGAGGCAACCCAGCGCGAGUCCUUCCCAGGCAAAUAGGCUCCGAGGGCCCCGGGGCCACCUCUCUUCCUCUCAGGCAGCAGCGCUCUGGAUCCCACAUCGGGAUCAGGGGCCCCCCACUUCUCCCCAAGGGGCCCUGCCCACCACCACCUUCCCGGUGACACCUUCCCGGUGACCCAGAUAACCACAUUUGAUACCAUCUUUUUGGCUUGGUCCCCCUGAUUGCCAGCAGAAGGCACUGCACAGAGCCAGCGUGCCCAGCAGAUGUUGGACACCUGAAGGGAUAAACACGGAAGCACUGUACUGUGAGGUGGCACUUGACUGGAGAUGCUGCAAUCAAGAUUCACAGAAGGCUCUGAGUUGCUUGGUGACCAGACGCCUCCGUAGAGCACCUGCUGUAGUACUGGCUCUUGAGAAACAAGUCCCAAGGACAGCUAGCCUUGCUGAGUGCCUCCAACACAGGCCUGGACGCAGAGGAGGUCUCCGUGUGUGUUUCUCCCCACCUGGUUGCCUCCCAGCUGGCUGACCUCGGACGAGUCCCUUACAACCUCCACAGGUUGAGUGGGAGCAUUGUCUGCUCUUGAACCAGGAAGGGCUUCUUUGCUGUGCACCACGAUGUCCGAGGGCCCAGGCUCUGCACGGCCAACGGGGGCCUCUUGUGUCCUCCGGGGAGAGCCUGGGGCUCCUCCCUACCGUCCUACCUCAGGCAGGGCCAAAGCUUCCCAAUCUGUGGCUUCGGGCCAGCUCCCCACUGGCCUCGGCCUGCUCUGACUGCUCAGAAGCUUCUUCCUCCAAUGCCCUCUUUGAUUCUGCUCCUGACGGCUCUCUGCCCUGCCCAGAGCCCACGACAGGCCCUUGGGCUGCCAGGCUAGCACCUGCCUCCUGCCAUAUGACCCUGCCAUUCCCUGGCUGGCUGCCCCUACCUGGGGCGAGGGGAGCAGUACUUCCUCAGCUUCUGUCUGGCUGUGCCCCACCCCCACACACACCAAAACACACACACACGCACGCACGCACACACACGCACGCAUGCACGCAUACGUACAACCUGCCCUGCCCCUAGCCUGCCCUCUGCAGCCUCACAGGUGCAGGUGGCUCCUUCCCAGCUAGCAGAGUUUUUCUGAGGGACAACGUGAUGUGGCACUCCAUGCUUCCCAGACUCAGGGUCCUGCUGGGCUGAAUAAGUGUGAGCUUGUUCUCCGUUGGUCCUUGACACAGUUGGUUGCCUGUGGCACAGUCUUCAACUCAUUGAAGUCCCUCUGGAGGAGUGUGUAUUGGGGAGAAGAAGGCGUUGGUUGCUUUGGGGAUGUCAGGCUGCCACACUGUGUUGUACUGGGCAGUGUCCUCUCAGGGGCUGCAUUGUCCAAUAGAAACAUUAUGCGAGAUAGUUAUGUGUUUUCAAAAUCUUUUAGUAGCUUUAUUUAGAAGAAUUUUGCCUUAUUUAAAAGCAACUGGUGAAAUUAAUUUUAACGAUGUGUUUUAUUUAACUCGACAUAUCCAAAAGUGUUAUCAUUUCAAUGACUGAUCAGUAUAAACAGUUACCGAUUCGA